AACAGCUUUAUAGAGAUCAAAAGAAGUCAACAAAGGCUACUGUAAAUUUUUGAAGAAAUAUCCUGCACUUAAAUUUUACAAUGUCCACGAAAGAUUUUAACGAAACCCUAAUUGAGUUGGUUCGUAAAAAUCCGCUCAUUUAUCAGUCCAAGAACAGAUUUCACAAAGACAAAAAAAAGAGAAACAGUUGUUGGGGAUAUAUCAGUUCAGAACUUGAACAGCCGGUUGAAUGCUGUGCUACGAGAUGGAGAAGCUUGCGUGACCGAUUCUUAAGGGAGCAGAAGAAACUUGAGAACACUGGAAGUACGACAUGGGAUCUUUACCCACAACUUCUAUUCUUGAACGGCCACCUUAGACGAAGAACAAAUAUUACUACUACGGCCAGUGACGUUGAAAACACUCCUCACGAUCAUGAAUCACAAUGUGAAGAAGAUACUUCAGCAAAUUGGGAUCUUUCAGAAAAGGAAACGACAAACUUAGAAAUUUUAACGACGGCUUCGUUUGAUUCUCCCGAGUCGUCAACCGAGACAUUACCUCCUGUGUUACCAGGGCAACAUAGAAAACGAAAACGGGACACGAGAGAAUCGAACGCAACAAAAAAUGAUUUUCAGGAACAGCUGCUGAAUGUUUUACUUUCGAAUAAAACUGAACCCGCACCACCCCAGUUCCAUCAACAGAUGACUGAAGAUGUUUACGACAAUUUUGGAAAAAUAGUUGCGUUAAGAUUACGGCAGUUACCAGCCAGUCAAGCAGAUGAAACAAUGAUAUAUAUCAUGCAACAUCUGGCAUCCGUGACUUAACAUAUUUGGUGGAGUCCUGGCUAAAGUACAAAGAGUGUACCAGCCUGAAACUGAACAAACAAUGUACUUGUUUAUCUGCUAAAGAACAAACAGUGUCAGCUAGAGAACGAACACUGUACCGGUUUGAAUACUGUAUGUCAAACAGAAUGACAAGAUGUGAAUGACAAACCACAAUAUUGUUGAAAUUAAAUCUGCCAAUUUAU